GGAAAGGGAAGGGUGGAAAAGGAAAGGGAAGGGGGGGGAAAGAGAGAGGGAGAAAAUCCUCCGUCGCCCCCUCCCCCUCCCUAGAAAAAAAAAUAGCUAGACCGCGAGCGAGAGGAGGGGGGCUCGCAGCGGCGAAAAAUAAAUAAAAUAAAGAAAACGGCAGGAGCGGCUCCAGCCGGCAGCAGCGGCGGCGGCAGCAGGGCAGCGGCGGCGGCGGCGGCAGCCGAGGCGGAGGCAGGCGGCAGGCAGGGUCCCCUCGCUCUCCGCUCGCCCCCGGCGCCCGGCCGGCCGCCUCCCCCCCGCCCCCCGCCUCUCUCCCCGGCAGCCCGCAGCGAGACGCGCCGCUCCCCAGCACUUUUUUGGGCCCGAGAUAUGGCAAUGGUAGUUAGCAGCUGGCGAGAUCCGCAGGAAGACGUUGCCGGGGGCACUCCGAGUGGCCCCAACCCCGCCGCGGCGCAGCCGGCCAGGGAGCAGCAGCCCCAGCAGCAGGGGGGCUCAGCAGCCCCACACACCCCGCAGACCCCCAGCCAGCCGGGACCCCCAUCCACGCCGGGCACGGCCGGGGACAAGGGAGCGGGCCAGCAGGGCUCGGGGCAGAGCCAGCAGCACAUCGAGUGUGUGGUGUGCGGGGACAAGUCCAGCGGCAAGCACUACGGCCAGUUCACCUGCGAGGGCUGCAAAAGUUUCUUCAAGAGGAGCGUCCGCAGGAACUUAACUUACACAUGCCGCGCCAACAGGAACUGUCCCAUCGACCAGCACCACCGCAACCAGUGCCAGUACUGCCGCCUCAAGAAGUGCCUCAAAGUGGGCAUGAGGCGGGAAGCGGUUCAGCGAGGAAGGAUGCCACCCACCCAACCCAACCCCGGCCAAUACGCCCUGACCAACGGCGACCCCCUGAAUGGGCACUGCUAUCUCUCGGGAUACAUCUCCCUCCUGCUGCGGGCCGAGCCCUACCCCACUUCCCGCUACGGCAGCCAGUGCAUGCAGCCCAACAACAUCAUGGGCAUCGAGAACAUCUGCGAGCUGGCCGCCCGUCUGCUCUUCAGCGCCGUCGAGUGGGCCCGCAACAUCCCCUUCUUCCCCGACCUGCAGAUCACCGACCAGGUGGCCUUGCUGCGGCUCACCUGGAGCGAGCUCUUCGUCCUCAACGCUGCCCAGUGCUCCAUGCCCCUCCAUGUGGCCCCGCUCCUGGCCGCCGCCGGCCUCCACGCCUCCCCCAUGUCGGCCGACCGCGUUGUCGCCUUCAUGGACCACAUCCGCAUCUUCCAGGAACAGGUGGAGAAGCUGAAGGCACUGCACGUCGAUUCGGCUGAGUACAGCUGCCUGAAAGCCAUCGUCCUCUUCACCUCAGACGCCUGCGGCCUGUCGGAUGCUGCGCAUAUCGAAAGCCUGCAGGAGAAGUCACAGUGCGCGCUAGAGGAGUACGUGCGGAGCCAGUACCCCAACCAGCCCAGCCGCUUCGGGAAGCUGCUGCUGCGGCUGCCCUCCCUGCGCACCGUCUCCUCCUCCGUCAUCGAGCAGCUCUUCUUCGUCCGCUUGGUAGGUAAAACCCCCAUCGAAACCCUCAUCAGGGAUAUGCUACUGUCUGGGAGCAGCUUCAACUGGCCUUACAUGUCCAUCCAGUGCUCCUAGAGCCCGUCCCGCACCCCCGGCAGAGAGGCGGCGGAGCGGCGGAGACGGGGACGCUCGCACCGAGGGGCAGUCGGGGUGCGGGGGGGGGCCCGGCAGGUGGACACUGAACAAAAGAAAGGGCCGAGUGGGAGCAGAGAUGUGGCCGUGUAGGGGAGAAGGACGGACCUGCCGUCCGUGGAGGUUGUGGUGUUUCGCUUUUUCUUUUCUUUUUUUUUUUUUUAAUUUGGCCUAUUUUUUUUCUUUUGGAGAGGAGGAAAAAAUAAAUAAAUAAUAUUAAUAAAGGAGAAAAAAAAAAAAGAGAAAAAAUAAAAAUAAAAAAAAAAUGAGUAUUGAGGGGAUAUUAAUCAAACCUGAAGGGGAUACUGGAUCUUCCAGGAUUUAUUGUGGACUGUUGCUGAUAUAUGCUGUACAGUAAACCAACAAAACAAAAAAUCAUUGAAACUGAACUGAACCUUGUGUAGAAUGAAAAAAAAUCCCAAAACAAGAAACAAAGAAAAAAUUCUACGCGCAAACACUUACCACGAACAUUGUUACUCAUUUUGUAAUAUAUUAGUCUUUAUUUUCAUUUUUGGUAAAAGUUAAAACAUCAUAUGCGCAUAAAGGAAAAAAAAAAAAGAAAGGAGAAUUAGGGGAAAAUAACAUUUUCCAAAUAAUUAUAAAAAAAUUGUCCUGUGUCUAUGUAUCUAUAUCUGUUUUGUAUUUUUUUCUGGUUCCAAACCAGGUUUCCUGUGAUUCUAUACUAAUAAUUUUUUGAUAUAACCCUUUGCUUCUUAUAAUGAGUGCGAUAUAUGUUGUCAAAACUGUUCUUCAAGAAUUAAAAUUGAAGUGAGAAUUUAAACAAAAAAAUAAAAGAAUUUAGCAAAAAAACCCCCAACUUAUCACCCCACAACCCAUGAGUCUUGUUGUAUGAAACAUGCCAAUAAUUCA